AUGGGCUGCUCAGCUUGGUGCAAAACCGGGCCCAAAAAGGCUCGAAGAGGACACUGGUGGGUCAGACUAAACCACCUGCAAGUUAUUGCGGUCAGUUUGGAGGACAGUCCGGUCGUCAAGUUCGACAUGUUCAAGGCGACGCUGGAACAGUGCAGCGCCGAUUUGGUGGAAUUUUAGUCGCAAUUCAGCUCCUCCUCUACGCCCUGAAGAAGUUGUGGAAUGUGGAUGGCGAGGCGCUUUAG